AUGGCGAGCUUGGGUGGACAUUCAAAGAAGCACAAGGUGACCAUUGUGGGAUCCGGCAAUUGGGGCUCAACAAUUGCCAAAAUUGUCGCUGAAAACACACGCGCCCACAAAGAUCUCUUCGAGGAAGAUGUCCAGAUGUGGGUCUACGAGGAGGACGUGUCGAUUUCCAAAGACUCAAAGUUUUAUGACGAAACCACCGGCGAAGCGCCCCGGAAGCUCACAGAGGUCAUCAACAAGCACCACGAGAACGUGAAGUACCUACCAGGCAUCGCUCUACCCUCCAAUCUCAUCGCCAACCCCGACAUCUGCGACGCCGUCAAGGACGCCACCAUCCUCGUCUUCAACCUCCCCCACCAGUUCAUCGCGAACGUGUGCAAGCAGGUCAACGGACACAUCCUUCCUUACGCUCGCGGAAUCAGCUGUAUCAAGGGUGUCAAUGUUACUGAUGACGGCAUCAGCCUGUUCAGCGAGUGGAUCGGUGAUGGUCUAGGCAUCUACUGCGGCGCCCUUAGUGGUGCUAACUUGGCGCGUGAGAUCGCCGAGGAGAAGUGGUCAGAGACCACUAUUGCUUACGACCCUCCUGCUCUGGAUAACAGCCGAGCUCCCACUCCCCGUGGAGGCAGCCCCAACCCAUCAAUUGGCGAGCUUCCCGAGAUGCAUCACAAGGAUGUUCGCGGCCGAACUUCCAAGACCAAGUUGACCGCCAUGCCUGCCGAUUACCCCCCUCUGGACCAGGAAUGCUUUCGAACGCUCUUCCACCGACCUUACUUCCACGUUCAGAUGGUCUCCGAUGUCGCCGGUGUUUCUCUGAGUGGUGCUCUGAAGAACGUUGUAGCUCUGGCAGCUGGUUUCGUCGAUGGCCGUGGCUGGGGAGACAACGCCAAGGCAGCUAUCAUGCGCAUUGGUCUUAUGGAGAUGGUCAAGUUUGGAAAGGAAUUCUUCGGCGAGACCGUUCACACAGCUACCUUCACAGAGUCAUCCGCUGGCGUGGCAGAUCUGAUCACAUCCUGCUCUGGAGGACGUAACUUCCGCUGUGCCAAGAUGGCCGUCGAGAAGGGCAUUUCCGUCCAAGAGGUCGAGAAGCAAGAGCUGAACGGCCAGAAGAUCCAGGGUACCACUACCGCAGAGGAGGUGAACAGCUUCCUGAAGACACGCGGACUCGAGUCAGACUACCCUCUAUUCACGGCUGUGCAUGCCAUUCUGAACGGCGAGGCCCAGGUUGACGAUAUCCCCAGCCUUGUUCAGGAUUCUUGA